AUGCUUACAAGCAGCUUGAAUACCGUUCCAAAUUUUAGGACCGUUUUGAAACAAAAUUUCCAAGGUAUGAGAUAUUUUAAUGAGGAUGUACAUCUGAAUAUUACACAAUUAUUAAUAAAAUACGGCUAUCCAGUUGAACAACAUGACGUAAUCACAAGAGAUGGAUACAUAGUCACUAUGUUUCGGAUUCCAAGCAAAGGACCUCCAAUAUUUCUUAUGCAUGGAUUUCUCUGCAGUUCUGAUGACUUCUUGAUGGCCGGGCCAGACAGUGGACUGGCAUAUUUACUUUCCGACGCUGGAUACGACGUGUGGCUGGGUAAUGAUCGCAGCAACAAACACUCCAGACGCCACGUCACCUUGUCGCCACACAGUAAGGAAUUUUGGGACUUUAGCUUUGACGAAAUUGGUCACUAUGAUCUGCCAGCCAUGAUAGACUACGUAUUGCAAAUUACUGGCAGGAGUAACUUACAAUAUAUCGGUCAUUCACAAGGUACAACGAUUUUUUUUAUCCUCUGUUCUGAGCAGCCUGAAUACAAUGAAAAAAUUUCAUUUAUGAUAGCACUGGCUCCAGCCGCCUGGAUAUCUCACAUGAGAAGUCCUUUCUUUAGACUAAUCGCAGAUUAUACGACAGUAGUAAAAGAAAUUCUUCAGACGAUGGAUAUUUAUGAAAUUUUGCCAAGAAAUGGUCUUUUAGAUACAAUAACUGCUGUUUCAUGUGGCACACCUAUUACUGCUAAAAUAUUUUGCAACAAUCUUUUAUUUAGUCUUUUUGGGUUUGAUUACGCUCAAACAAACGCUACAAACUUGCCGGUAAUUUUCCGACAUUUUCCAGCAGGAGCAGGAUGGAGACAGUUUAUACAUUUCGCACAAGAAAUACAAUCUGGAAAAUUUUGCCCAUAUGAUUAUGGGCCUAAAAUAAAUCUAAAUAAAUAUGGAACAAUACAACCUCCAGAUUACCCAGUUGAGAGAAUAACAACGAAAGUUGCCAUCAUGUACGGUGAUAAUGAUUUAGUUAUAACUCGACCUGAUAUUGAUAUACUUAUACAAAAAUUACCAAAUGUCGUAGAAUUAUACAGGGUUCCUUUUAAAAAAUUUAACCAUAUGGAUUUCUUAUAUGCAAGAGACGUGAAGAAAUUACUUUACCGUCGAAUUAUUCAUUUGUUGUACGAGUAUUCUCUGAAUGGUAAUUAUUAA